AUGUCUUUUAAAAAAACGGAACUCAAUCGAGAACAUUUUCGCUCCAUAAUUUAUUACAACUUUCAGAGACAAUUAUCGCAACAAGAAUGCCUUGCUGAGUUACUGUCUGUUUUCGAAUACGAAGCGCCACAUCAGUCGAGAAUUUCCCGUUGGUAUGGAGAAUGCAAACGUGGAUGGGCGAGUCUUAGCGACUAUCCCAGGGUGGGUGCACCACAAACGGCAGUCACCCAGAAAAACCUCGAUGCUGGCCGCAAACUCAUCAUUGAAGAUAGACAUGUGACAUAUCGCGAGAUUGGGGCGUCCUUGAAGAUUGCAAAGACCUCAGUUCAAAAAAAUUUACAUGAAGAAUUAGGAGUAAGAAAAUUAGUUUCUCGUUGGAUACCCCACCUGUUGACUGAAGAGCAGAAAGCAGCCGUGGUUAAUUGGUUUGGUGAUGAAUCGUGGAUUUACUGUUAUGAACCAGAAAAUAAACGACAAUUGGCUGUUUGGGUGUUCCAAGGUGAAGAAAAGCCAACAAAAGUCAUCCGUUCUCGAAGUGUUUCGAAAAAGGUGGUCGCGACAUUUGUAUCAAAAGCGGGUCAUAUUGCAACAAUUCCUCUUAAUGAGCGAAGAACUGUUACUGCGGAUUGGUAUACCACCAUUUGUUUGCCAAAAGUCAUCACCGAGCUUCGAAAAAUCAACCCCGAAAGAAGAAUCAUCCUCCAUCAAGGCAAUGCAAGCUCGCACACAGCCCAAAAAACAAGGCAGUAUUUAACGGAAGAAAACAUGGAAUUAUUGGACCAUCCUCCAUAUAGUCACGAUCUAAGUCCUAACGAUUUAUUUACUUUCCCGAAAAUUAAAAACAGACUGCGUGGUCAAAGGUUCCAGUCACCAGAAGAAGCGGUUGACGCAUUCAAAAAUGCCGUUUUGGAUCUGCCAGCAAACGAGUGGAAUAAGUGCUUCGAAAAUUGGUUCGAGCGCAAGCAGAUGUGUAUUAAUCUUCCGUGUAUUGCGGCUGAAGGAAAACAGUUUGAGCAUUUGCUGUAA